UGAUACGUAUCAACCACUUAGUUGAUUUGAAAAAUUAAAUUCAAACAACGUGCCAUGAUGGGUAAUUCCAAGAAUAAUAUGGUUAUUAUUAUUCAUAUUGUUGUGUUAUUUUCUAUAUGUUUGGCAGUGGCAAAUUCGGCUGAGUUUAAUUUUCCAGCAGUAUUCAACUUGGGUGAUUCAAAUUCGGACACAGGUGAACUUUCAGUUGGAUUGGGGUUUCAGCUUGUCCUACCUUAUGGACAGAACUACUUCAAAACUCCUUCUGGAAGGGCAUGUGAUGGUCGUCUCAUUGUUGAUUUCCUAAAAUGUGGAGUAAGGCUAGCUUGUGCCAAAUAUGCUGUGUAUGGUAUUGAUUAUGAAGGACAUGGACGUUCUGAAGGUGUUCGUUGUUACAUUAAGAAGUUUAAUAACAUUGUUAAUGACUGUUAUGACUUUUUCAAGUCAAUUAGUGAUCUCGAAGAGUAUAAGGGAAAGGCUAGGUUUUUGUAUGGAGAGUCCAUGGGUGGAGCAGUUAGUCUACUUUUGCAUCAAAAAGACCCUUCUUUUUGGGACGGUGCCGUUCUUGUCGCACCCAUGUGUAAGAUAUCAGAGAAGGUGAAGCCACACCAAAUUGUGAUCAACAUACUGACUAAAGUAGAAGAUAUCAUACCAAAGUGGAAGAUUGUUCCUACAAAGGAUGUCAUCAAUUUAGCCUUCAAAGAUCCAGCCAAAAGAGAAAGGAUAAGGAAAAACAAGUUGAUUUACCAGGACAAACCCAGGUUAAAAACAGCUCUAGAAAUGUUAAGAACCAGCAUGAAUCUUGAAGACACCUUAUACAAGGCAACCAUGCCAUUUUUUGUAAUGCAUGGAGAAACAGAUACAGUGACAGAUCCAGAAGUAAGUAGAGCAUUAUAUGAGAGAGCCAGUAGCAAAGACAAGACAGUUAAAUUGUACCCUGGUAUGUGGCAUGGUUUAACAUCCGGUGAGCCUGAUGACAACAUUGAAAAAGUCUUUGAAGACAUCAUAACAUGGCUUGACAAACACGCCAACAAUAAUGCUGCUGCUUAUGAGACUUCACAAACAAUUGAGACUUGUGACAUGGAGAAUUUGACACCAGUUGUAUCAUCAGCAAAGACUUUGAAGGAGACACAAAGGCGAAAAUUCUAUCUUUGUGGGUUGAGAGGAAGUCGUUUGUUACAUCACUCGGCAACAUAGGCGGUAAUAAUCACACUGUUGUGGUAGGGACUAUGACAACGAUAUAUAUAGCAGUGUAGUGUGUAAGGAACACUCACUUUAAUAUUCACUUUUCAACAUUCACGCUCUUAUUAGGUGAAAUUCAUGUGGGUUCCAUCACUUUGAAAAUGAAUCCACAUAAAUUGGCCAGAACUCACAUGAUAUCAUCUAAUAGAAGUGUGCGUGUAAGAGAGUGUCAAAGUAAGUGUUUGAUCAGAACGUACUAUUCCUAUACUGUUUUACUGUGGACCUCUCAAAUUUUCACUGUGUUAUUUACUUUUCAUCUUCUGCUUCUGUGACUGUGACUUUAGUGAUCCAAAUUGUUUACAAAAGUAAAGCAAAGCUCCGCAAUGCAAUGCUCCAAA